AUGAAAACAUUGAUUCUCCUCGCUGCAGUUCUCCUCAUCUGCACAAUUUCAACAUCAAACGCCAAACGUCUCUUUGUGGACAACGACAAUGAUAUGGAACUGACCGACAAGAAAGCACGAAUGUUUCUUCGUGCUAUGACAGGUGAAAGUGAUGAUGAUGAUGCUGGCUCGCUCGAUACGCGUGAAAUCGGUAAAAAUUGUGUACCUUGCAAAUUCGGAAUCAAUCCUUGCUGCGCACCAAACAUCUGCAUCAAAAAACGAUUUCGUCCAGAUGAAUGUAUGGAAAUCAAACAAGGCAAAUAG